UUUACUUAUACCAAACGUUUCAUAACAAUAUCUUGCUACAUGUGUAAAGUUUCUAGGGAUAUAUUAUAGUUAUUCAGUGAUAUUACAUUGAAAAUCACCAGUGUUCAUAUAGACAGUGGAUACAUUGUUCUGGUGAAGAGAUGAUGGCUGAUUUGAUACGAACGUCUAUGUUCUGUGACGUCAAUAACGUCAUUAUAGAGGGUGACCAACAGUAUUCUGGUGAUGACUUGUAUGAUACCUGUUCUGUCAAUUUCAUGGAAUUCAUGACAAGGACAUCUGACAAUUUUGAUGAUGUUUCUAUGGAUACAGACGUGUUCGUCGAGCAGGAACAACAACAAUUAUGCCAGCAGACGACACCUCAGAAUGACGUCACAGACAAUACGUGUAAAGUUUCGGUUGCUACGCCUGAGAUUUGCCAGAACUUUCUGUCACGUAUCGCCGAAGCGUCAAAAGUUGAUUAUAGCACGUUCAAUAAUGAAGCCCCGAGUGAUGUAUUUUGUAACAAUUAUUUGCUUCCUGUAGUAGCGCAGAAGCAGACGAUACUUGAACAGAUACCAACUUGUGAGUCUAAACCGGAAGCAAGCGCCAAAUUCGCACGGCCUCCAUAUUCAUACGCGGCAUGUGCAGUUGCCGCCAUGUACUUGAUAGGAAAUAGUUCCGCAUGUGCUAAUGAUAUCUUAGAUAAAAUUUGCUCAGUGUUUGAUGAUAUGAAAGCUUGCAAACAGACAACAAUUCAGAAAACAACUUUGUAA